AUGAUAGUAAUAAAUUCAUGUGACGGUUGUGCACAGGAGAACUUUCCGAAGAUACUGUCCGUCACAGCUGCCACUAAAACAGCCAGUUCUGACGAAUGGUUGGUAACUGCUGAUUGGGACACAAGGUCAACGGCCCCUGUUUCUGUGCGCCAAAAGAAGAAGCGGACUAGAUCUGCCCGUAAAACUUCGAAGGAGCUUGAAGACCCUGGAAGUAGUAAGGCGUCAGCAAUAGAACGGAAAACCUACGCUACCGUUGCUUCGACGUCAUUUACGGAGACAGGAACCGUCACACUGCCAGUGAUGAAAACAGCUGGUAUAAGUGUCGAAUCCAAUGCACGUGGGGAAAAGCACUCCUUGUCGUACCCAGUCUUUCAC